CCUGCUCGCUGUGUGCAGUGGAAAGAGAGAGAAGGAUUUGUUCUGAUGCUGUUCAUGUGGAAAUGAACCCCUUUUACCGAGUUUCCAGCAGCUAGAGAAGAUGAUGGCCUCUGGUUUCUUGAAGUUCUCUGCGCUGUUGCAGAAGUACCGGACCCCUCUUCUUCUCACCGGCUGCGGGGGCGUCUUUGCUGCCAACAUAUUUUACCAUGUCUUUCCAGAAAAUACUUACAGGAAACUGUACCAGGCCUGGAGCAAAGGAGAGCCGGCCACACUCUCAGAGAAACUGGAGAAUGAGUUUCAGCUGGUACUGAAGGAUUUAACCGUGGGCUCCCCUGAUAAAUACAGCGCUUUUGCUGCCUUCGGUUUCCAUCCUGUUGGGGCGGGGGUCCCCUGGCUGCCCGCAGGUGCACAGAUUGGCAUCCCAGCCAACUUCAACAGCACAGUGGAUGACCAGGCUGGAAUCACUAACCGAACCAUUCUCAUCAAUGGUAAAGAGCUGGAGUGGGACAGUGAGCUGGGAACGGCUCUGAAAAAUGCACUGCUGUUGUCCCGGGAUGCUCAGAAAUUUGCGGUGGCACGAGAGGUUUCUCGGCUGGAGAGCGGUGGACCACUUCUGCAGGCCGCCGUCGCCCCGAUCUGUCUGGCUGGAGCCUGUCUCUACAGUGUGGCCCUCAAACAGAUGUUCGGGCUUCUCUCUGGUUCUCUUAUCUUCAGGGCUGGAGUUAACGUGGUUGCACUGAGUCUGGGAGCUGUGUCAUAUUUUUUAGCCUCUGAUGCAGCCAGCCAGUGGCUGGAGUUUUACUCGGACAAGCGGGCUGCCAGCCUGUCACAUGACUAUGCUAAAGGUGGAGUGGAGUUUUAUGAUAAGAUUCUGUCCAGAAACAAAACCCUGAGACAUCUGAUGGGGCAGAAAGGGCAGGAGAUGUACGCGCCCAGUGGGAAUCUGUUCCCUGCCAACGUGCUGAGUCUCAAACAUGCACCGUAUACAUCACGACGAGAUGGGAUUCUGAGCCUUCUGAAAAAAGAGAAGAUGUAAAGACGUGUUUAGUCGUGGACUUGGUUAAUUUAACCUAGAAAUGAUGAUAAAUGGCAGUGGUAAAAGGUGUAAUGGUAAUGAGUAUGCAGUGUUUUCUAGCAUUUUUCAAUCUCUAACUGUUGCACCUUCAUCAUGUAUGUGGUUCAUGUAUAGCAGGCAGCUAUCCCACUGAAUAACAAUGCUAUCAGGCACUAUGCAUAGUUUUUUUUUUCUGUUUUCUGUUGUACUUUCUUAUAAUGAUUCAGAAGCUCCAAAGAUAUUUGGGAGAAAACUUCUAUUCUCAUCAUUUGGAAAUUACAAUUUCUGUCAUAGAUGAUUCAGGUAUGAUUCUAACUACAGGAUGACGACACGACAUCAGUCAAUAGUGCUGUAGUUUCCCAACCACAGGCUCAGUAAAGAAGGUGAAUGUCGCAACACAUGCUCUUAAGUAUGCAGAAAAACUAAAGUGUGAGUGGUUAGAAAUGUACAAACUCUGGAAAAUGAUCAUGCAUAUACAUUGAAUAAAUUGUUAUAUUCUUA